AUGCAGCACCCCGAUGCUCAGCUGGGCCGCCCCAUGCUCUACGCGGCCGCGGGCGAUGCCACGACCACCGCCAUGACGGUGCAGGCACUUUUGAGAGAAGACCCUGGCUAUUCCUUCGAGGCGACCCAGCAGGAUCCGGUGGUCUCCCUGCUGGGCGGCGUGGGGCGUGACCAGCUCGGCUACAAGCUGCAGGACUACCUCAACAAGAAUGGGAUUCAGCCCUUGCUGAGCGAAAUCGUCAGUGAGCAAACCGGUUGGACGGUCUUCCUCCUGCCCCUGCGCAUGGACGAUGCGGGCGCCAGCUUCGACCGUCCCAUGACGGGCUUGGCGGCCCCCACUGAGGAGAAGAGUGAGAGCAACGUGAAGUCGGGGGUGGUCUAUCGUGCCAUUCAGGCUGGUGCUGCCAACCAGUACAAGCUGGACCAUUUGCGCUUCAAGGUUUGGGAGCAGGUGGAAGCUGCUGGCGUGGUCUAUGCAGAGGCCACCUUCCUCACGGUCUCCUUCGAGAGCGUGAAGAUCCUGGCAGAGCAUUGUGCCAAGAUGGGCAACACCUUUUGCCUGAGCUUAUCGGCUCCCUACGUGUGCCGCUACUUCGGGGAUCGCAUCCUUACUGUCAUCCCUUACACCGACUUCAUUUUCGGCUGCGAGAGCGAAUACCUGGCCCUGGCCGAGCAGAAGCGUUCCGAAGGCCUUCCGCAGGAUGUGGAUGCGGCCCGGGGCGCCUAG